AUGGCGCGAGAUGAUUAUAACUUGGGCAAGAAGACUGAGCUCAUCAAGUUAACCUACUCACUACCAGUCUCAAUGUUGCAAACUAUGGCUCCAGAUACACCUCCAAUGCAUGUCACCAAUGAUAGACAAGUUUCAAGCUUGAUUGCGUUAAGCAGAGUGCAUAUGGUACGUCUUUGUGUGUCCAGUCGAGUGGAGAUGGAUACUGAGGAGAACCAGGAAGGAUCAGAUGAAAAUUUAGGUGAGGAGUCUGAGGAAAAUUCAGAACAUUCUACCGAUGAUGAGGCAGACAGUUCUGAUGUAAACGAGGAUGAAGAAGAUGUCGACGAUGCAGCUUACUCUGACGGAGAAGAUUACAGUGUCUACGGUAAAGUGAAAGAUGAAGAUGAUGAUGAAGAUGAAGUCUGUAUUGAAAAUGUCAGAAACAGAUAUGGUGAAACAGGAAGCACGCCCAUGUCAUGGUCUGAUAAUAUAUAUCUUAGGGCAAAGAAGUCUACCAAGACCCAGUUUGUGGCUAAAUGUCGAGUGGAAGGAUGUGCUUGGAUGGUUAGAGCAAGCGUGAAGAAUGAUGCAUCCACUUUUUGGGUGACAAAAUAUGUGAAAGACCACACAUGUUCAAUAACCCAUCGAAUGGCUCAGCAUGGGAAGUCUACUCCUAAGUAUAUUGGCAAGCUGUUUAUAAGCCAUUUGGGCAUCAUUGAUGGACUUAUACCAGAACAUGUCAGGGUUUCAAUGAAACAUAUGUUUGGCAUCAAGAUGGAUUACACUACUUCAUACAGAUCUUUGAUAUAUGCCCAACAAUUGGUCAGGGGAACAACUGAAGAUGGAUAUGCGAGUCUCCCAGCUUACCUACAUUCAGUGAACAAAGCCAAUCCGGGAACUGUAUCAGCUCUUCAUGUAGAUUCGAAUAACAAAUUCAACUAUCUAUUUCUCGCAUUUGGAGCAUCGAUUGGCGGUUUUCAGUACAUGAGAAGAGUUAUUGUGGUUGAUGGAUGUCAUCUAACAGGGAAUUACGAAGGUACUUUGUUGGUUGCCACCGCACAAGAUGAAAACUUUCAGAUUUUUCCUUUGGCCUUUGGAAUUGGUGAUGGUGAAGAUGAUGCUUCAUGGGAAUGGUUUUUUUCUAAACUGCGUGAAUGUGUCUCAGAUGGUUAUCCUUUUGGUGAUAGUUUCUGA